UAUCCGGCCGAUGGAUCGAUCCAAAUGGGAAGUUAUUCCAAAAGUUGAUUCGUGAAGGUUACAGAUACGCUGAUAGACUUUCAGAUUAUUUAGAGGAUAUUGGAACUAUGUAUAUCGGUGAAUUUGUAUUAGAUCCCCUAGUCGACUUCUACUAUCCAGCCUUAAUUCCGCCUUUAUCUGUCUUAGCAAUUAGAGCAGAUAUUUGUGAAAAAUUUAUUAUUAGUGUGGAGUCUACUGAUAUAGGAGGAAUGA